UAUCUCAAAGGGAUAGCUUAUCCAUGUUCAAACUUAUUUUCGCGUUUUAGAUGUAGGCAUCCACAAAAUUAAUUGCCAAUUGAUACACUAGCAACAAUUUGGACAUUUGAUCACAAAAAAGCGUAUCCGCAAUCAUAUUCGGUGCAUUGUAGGAUCGUCAAGGAAUUUGUAAUGGAAUAAAUUUGCUAUCAUAACCAGGAGAGAAAAAUGUCUAUCAAUAGAUAUUUCCCUCUUUCGUUCCUAUUGUUAUCUUACCAUACCCCUGUAUUUUACGUCAUUCUGACCCUGCUUUACGUUCACUACAAGUGCACGAUCAACACAGAAACAAACAUGGAGGAGCGUAAAGCAGAACCGAUGUCCCUGCAACAGUCGAUUCGAAAUUCGUCCGUCCGUAGGCUACCGAACGAUGUCUCUCCGGGACGACCCUUAUACCCCCGUCCGGUUUCAGCGUUGUUAUGGAUGUUACUCAAUACAUCCUCUAGAGCAGGGUUCAACCUACAGUCCACAAGGCUGUACUCCAAGUGUUCCAACCUGCUGUGUCAGGCAGUGAUGCACCCCGCCCCAGCUAUGGGUCCCCAUUCCCCUGUCCUGUGCCUCCUUUCCCUGCUCCUCCUGCUGUCGAGCCUGAGCCAGGGCCACGGCACCAUCUCCUGCCCGGCUAACUGCAGAUGCUACAGCCUGACUGUGGAGUGUGGGUCCAUGGGCAUCCGGGACGUCCCGAAACACGUCCCGCCAACCACACAGACCAUCUUUCUUCAGGACAAUAUGAUUGGUCAGAUUCGGCGAAAAGACCUCCCACAACUGAGGCGGCUGCACUACCUCUACCUGCAGAACAACACCAUCUCGGCCGUGGAGGCCGGCUCCUUCCAAAACCAGCAUCAACUGCUGGAACUGGCUCUGAACGGGAACCGGAUUCACCUCGUGACAGCUGAGAUGUUCCAGGGGCUGGAGCACCUCAGAAUCCUCUACCUGGCAGGAAAUGACAUCACACAGUUACAGGAUUACACAUUCCGGGGCUUGCAGCGCCUCCAAGAACUCCACCUACAGCACAACAGCAUAGAGAUGCUGUCGGACCAGGCGCUGGUCGGCCUGACCUCCUUGGCUCUGCUGGAUCUGAGCAGAAACAACCUGCACACCAUCGGGGCGGCGUCUCUACGGCCGCUGGUCAGCCUGCAGGUGCUACGUAUCACUGACAACCCGUGGCGGUGCGACUGUGCCCUCCACUGGUUGAGGAGCUGGAUCGACGAGGAGGGCCAGCGUCUGCUCAGCUCUGCCGAACGGCGGCUGGUCUGCACCGAGCCCCCGCGCCUCUCCCACCUCAGCCUGGUGGAGGUGCCCCUCAACAGCCUGGUGUGCAUCCCCCCUCUGGUGCAGCUGGAGCCCAGGAGGCUGGCCGUGCGGCUGGGGGAGAGUCUCCGGGUGUCCUGCCACGCCUCGGGAUAUCCGCGACCGCAGGUGACCUGGAGGAAGGCCUUCCAGGGUAAGGUGGUGCUGUCCCCCCGGGGCCUGGUGCACGAGCUGGGGGGCGGAGGGUCCGCGGGCGGGGGCGGCGGCGGGGCCAGAGAGGAGGAAGAGGAGGACACCUCGGACGAAGGGAAGGUGCGUCUGCAGAAGAGUGAGGGGGGCGAGCGCUUCGACCCCGACACGGGCAGCGGCAUGCUGUUCCUCAGCAACGUGACGGUGGCGCACGCCGGCUUCUACGAGUGCGAGGCCUGGAACGCCGGCGGCGUGGCCCGGGUCACCUUCCAGCUGGCCAUCAACUCCUCCACCUCCUCGUCCUCCGCCUCCUCGUCCUCCAUCUGGGCGUCCUGGUCCCAGGCGAGCGCGCCCUACUACCCCUCCUGGCCCCGCCUGAGGAACCACCGGCCCGCCUCGGGCUCGGACGUCAGCCGCGAGCCGCUGUACGCGCUGGGCAGCAUGGCCUUCAGCGCCCUGGGGCCCGCCACUCAGACGGCCAUCGCCAUCGGCAUCUCGCUGCUGGCGCUCACCGCGCUGCUGCUGGUGGCCAUGAUCUACAGCCGGCACCAGCAGCGGGAGAAGGAGGCGGACGUGUCGGAGAAGGAGGAGAGCAUCCUGUACGUCAACGACUACUCGGACGGGCCCACCACCUUCGCCCAGCUGGAGGAGUACCGCGACGAGCGGGGCCACGAGAUGUACGUGCUGAACCGCGCCAAGCCCGUCCUGCCGCCCGCGCCCCCCGCCUCCGCCGGCCCCCUGGGGGGUUACCCGGCCCCGGCCCCCUCCGACAGCCUGUCCUCCUGCAGCCCCGUCCGCUCGGCGGGGCCUGGACAGGCCGUGAGCCCGGCCCCGGCCCCCAAGAAGCAGCAGCAUCAGCAGGAGCCGGACAUACGGACCAUGCGGAGGAUGGCUGGGGAGGGGGGUGAGGCGGAGCCCGUGGUCACGUCCGAGGCGGAGGGGAUGUUCCUCAACCACACGGGCCUCUUCAUGGACUCCCAGAUCGCCUACGAGAUUCACUGCUGA